AUGGAUCCCUCUCCUGUGCUCCUUUUCGCUGUCUUAGCUUCGCUGCUGCUGCUGCCUCCGUUCCCUUCUCUGCGGGCAGACUCCUCUUCCUCCUCGGACGAUGUUGUGGACCGAGAGGCUUUGCUAUCGCUAAAAGCUUCCAUGAAAAGCGAUCCCUCCGGGACUCUUGUUUCAUGGAACGAAAGCUCCGACCUGUGCCAGUGGCGCAGAGUCGUCUGCAAUAGCCGAAGCAGAGUCUCGAUUCUGGAUCUACAGGGUCUCGGACUGACAGGUUCCGUCGGUCCUUACCUCGGCAAUCUCUCCUACCUCCGGUUUCUCUACCUGCAAGACAACCAGUUAUCCGGCGAGCUCCCUCACCAGCUCGGUGGCCUUCUUCACCUGGAGGUCCUGAACGCGAGCUCCAACCUCAUCGGCGGCGCGAUUCCGGCAAAUCUUAGUAGGUGUUCCAAUCUCACCACCCUCGAUCUGUCCCAGAAUGCAAUCUCAGGAAGCAUUCCGUCCGAUCUCGAACUGCUCUCCAAGCUCCAAGUCCUGAAACUAGGCAAGAACCAGCUCACCGGAACUAUUCCGUCAGCCAUCGGGAACUUGUCUUCUCUCACCACAUUGAAUCUAGGAACCAAUUCUCUUGGCGGACCAAUUCCAGGCGACUUAGGCCGCCUCCAUGCUCUGAAAGUUCUGCAGAUCGCCAUCAACGAUCUCGCCGGUCAGGUUCCUCCGACGCUGUACAACCUAUCCUCGCUCGUUUUCUUAGACUUUGCGUCCAACGACCUGUUCGGUGAAAUACCCGGUGAUGUCGGAUAUCGACUCCCCAACCUCGUCGACUUCCACUUCUGCUUCAACCGGUUCACCGGCCUAAUUCCACCAUCACUACACAACGUCACCAGCAUCCAAAGCCUUCGCUUCUCUCACAACUUCCUUCACGGUCCGAUUCCUCCAGGGCUGGGCAAUCUCCGUAAUCUGGUCAUGUACAACAUCGGCUUCAACCAGAUCGUUUCCUCCGGCGCCGAUGGGCUCGAGUUCAUCACCUCCCUCACAAAUAGUACCCGACUUGAGCAUCUUGCCAUCGAUGAAAACCUCUUGGAGGGCGUGAUCCCGGAAUCGGUCGGCAAUCUGUCAGGCCGUCUCUAUAAGUUCUACUUGGGUGCGAACAAGAUAUUUGGUAGCAUUCCAGCUUCCAUAGGCCAGCUUUCUAGCCUCGCUUUGCUGAACAUGAGCCACAACUCCAUCUCCGGAGGAAUCCCGCCUGAGGUUGGCCAGCUCAGGCAGCUCAAGAUGCUGGGUUUGGCCGACAACAGGCUGUCGGGAGAAAUUCCGGCAGCUAUCGGAAACCUCACCAUGCUUACCGUGCUCCAACUGUGUGGGAAUCAGUUGGAGGGAAGCAUUCCGUCCACCCUCGGCCAGCUGCAGCAGUUGCAGUCCGUAGAUGCCUCCAGCAACAAGCUUGAAGGUAGCAUACCCAGGGAGCUCUUCACCCUCUCAACCCUCACCUCUCUCCUGAAUCUAUCCAAGAACUCUCUCUCAGGGCCACUGCCCGAGGAGAUCUCUGAUCUUGUAAACGUCGUUGCCAUCGACCUCUCCGGCAAUAUGUUGUCCGGAAACAUCACGCCCUCGAUCGGAAACUGCAGGAGCUUGCAGAUUUUGUCCAUGUCAAACAACUCUUUCUCUGGACCAAUUCCUGAUGCUAUAGGAGACCUGAAAGGCUUACGGAGCAUCGACCUCUCCCUCAACCAGCUUUCUGGGCCGAUACCAGAGAGUCUAGGAGAACUCGAAGGACUCGAAUUCUUGAAUCUUUCUUACAACCAUCUCGAAGGAGUUGUUCCCUCCGACGGUGUCUUCAGAAACCUUUCCGCUGUCCAUCUCGAAGGAAACAGUAAGCUUUGCAGGUCAUCGGCAUGCACGAACACCAGAAACCGUUCCAAACUGCCUCUUUUCUCCAUUGUCAUUGUGACUGCAUUUAUAGUGUUUCUCAUGGCGAGCACCAUAUGCGUCUUCUUUGUCAAAACAAGAACGAGGGCCGCGAAGAUUUCCACCAUGACCGACUCAACGAGAGGGCAGCACCCGCUAAUUUCUUAUGAGGAGCUCCACCGAGCUACUGAGAGUUUUCAUCCAAGAAAUCUCGUCGGCACCGGUAGCUUUGGCUCCGUGUAUAAAGGAGUACUGAGAGAUGGAAUGCAGGUGGCAGUGAAGGUACUGAAUCUGGCGGCAGGCGGCGUUCUGAAGAGCUUCGUGGCCGAAUGCGACGCUCUGAGGAAUGCCAGGCACAGGAACCUGGUGAAGCUCAUAACUGUCUGCCUGAGCUUGGAUCCCAGAAACGACGAGUUCCGAGCGCUGGUGUACGAGUUCAUGGGAAAUGGAAGUUUGGAGGAAUGGAUCAGAGGUAAGAGGAGGCAUGAGGACGGCAGUGGGCUGAGUCUCGUGGAAAGAUUGGACGCUGCCAUC